AUGAAUGUGAAAGGACGCGCUAUGGAGUUAUCCGACUUGUCUGUCUUCCAUAACAGGAUACUCACUCCUGACGAUAGGACCGGAUUGAUUAGCGAAAUCAAGGACGAUAAGAUUAUUCCUUGGGUAUUCCUGAACUCUGGUCCAGGAAACACGACUGACGCUUUCAAGUGCGAGUGGAUGACUAUUAAGGAUGAUUUGCUCUACGUUGGAAGCCACGGUAAUGAGUUCAAAGGCAAAGUGACGCACAAAAAUAACAUGUGGGUGAAAACAGUCACACCAAGGGGAGAGGUAAUCAACCUGAAUUGGAUUGAUGUUUACGACAAGAUGCGGGCAGCUGUUGGUAUUUCCCAGCAAGGAUAUCUAACACAUGAAGCUGUGCAGUGGUCGAAGAGUCAGAAUCGUUGGUUUUUCCUUCCCAGAAAGGCGUCGAACACCAGCUAUGUGGAGUUAGAGCAUGAAACUAAGGGCACGAAUCUGCUGAUAAGUUCCCCGGAUCUUGAACAUUUCACUUUCGUAAAGGUGGGACGACAGUUCCCUGAACGAGGAUAUUCCGCUUUCGACUUUAUUCCUGGCACGAACGACGAGCUCAUUGUCGCCUUGAAAUCGAAAGAAGUAGCCGGAGAGAGAACUGCGUCAUUCAUCACUGUAUUCAAUAUCAGUGGCCAGGUCAUUCUAAAAGAUGAGAGACUCGACGGUGACUACAAGUUCGAGGGACUGUACUUCAUUUGA